AUGGUGACACCAAACCCGCAAGACUGGUGUAGGAACGACAAAAACGGAAUUGUCAAUGAGCAGGAUAUAGGGAGUGAAACCAAGUUCUCGAUUUCGAAACAGGAUGGUUUAAUGCUUCUGGCAAUGGCCAGCCUGAGCUUGAUGGCAGCGCUGGAUGGGACAUCGAUUUCGGUUACUUUGCCGAAAAUGUCUCGCGAGCUGGGAGGAACUGCAAUAGAAGCAUUCUGGGCGGGAACCUCGUUCACACUGUGCUCUGCCGUCUUUCAGCCAGUAUUUUCCUCAUUAUCGGACUUGUUCGGUCGGAAGCCGUUGGUGCUUGCCGCGAUCGCAGGGUUUACAAUUGGAACAAUUGUCGCCGGCGUCGCCAAUAGCUUCACCCACAUGCUCAUCGGUCGGUCUCUGCAGGGAAUUGGAGGCGGUGGUAUCAUCACCCUCACUGGAAUCCUCAUUGCGGAUAUCGUGCCUCUUAGCGAAAGAGCGAAAUACUUUGGGAUGCUUAGUGGGAUCUGGAGUUUGGGAACAGUGAUAGGACCUGUUAUAGGAGGCUGCUUCGCAGAGAGUGUAACAUGGCGCUGGAUCUUCUAUAUUAAUUUCCCCUUCAUUGGAAUCGGGACAAUCUUGGUCGCUUGGUCGCCCAACUCCCGGGUUGGAAAGGAGACUUUCGCUACUCAAAUGCGAAAGAUUGACAUCGUUGGGAUCGCCCUUUUUAUUCCAAGCUCUGCUUCAUUCUUGAUCCCAAUAACUUGGGGAGGUGUACUUUACCCCUGGGACUCAUGGCACACGUUGGCCCCAUUGAUUAUCGGGUUAGUCGGACUCUGCAUUUUCGCCUUCUAUGAAUGGCGAGUUGCGCAACACCCGAUGAUCCCACCAGCCAUCUUUCAGAACCGAACGGCCCUCAUAUCAUUUGCGGGCUAUGCAGGUGUCGCCUAUAAUGUCUGGAAUCGCUCUUUUCCCGAGACAUUCACUGUCGCUCCGAGUGGAGGAGUUGUUGGCCUUCUCAUCAAUCGAACGGGUCAGUACUACUGGGCUAUCUGCAUCGGAUGGUGUCUUUCGACUAUUGGAAUGGGCCUGCUGUGUCUACUGGGGGCAACCACCGGAACCAUCACCUGGAUCUUCUUAAAUCUCGUGCCUGGCCUCGGUAUCGGAAUGGUUCUUCCCUCCGUCGCAAUAGCAGUGCAGGCAUCGGCAACCGCUGAGAACCUUGCGAUUGCAGUUGCCACAUCUACUUCCUUCCGAGGCUUUGGACAGUCUAUCGGUGUGGCGAUUGGGGGUGUGAUCUUUCAAAAUCGAAUGAAGAGCAAUCUAUUGAACUAUCCUGCCCUACAAUCGGUGGCGGAUGAAUACAGUGGUGAUGCCGCUAGCGCGGUGGAACUUAUCAGAGGAAUGCAUGGUCAGGUUAAGACGGAUCUUACACAGGCUUACGCUGACAGUCUGAAGAUCGUGUGGGCAUUUUGCUGUGGCAUAUCUGGGUUGAUAUUUAUCGCCAGCCUGUUAACCAAGUCUUAUGAUUUGAACCAGACUCUUAUUACAAAGCAGCGCCCUGGAAACGAGGAAUUAUAUAAGAAGGAAGAAAGCCCAAGUGAAAGAUGA